CGAGUGAGGCCGGUUGUGUUACCUCAGUUUACGUGUAACCUCACAUCAGGAGGUACGUGUGUUAGUUAACGUAUAAAUAAAACAUUUUCACAUACAUACGUGCCUGUUACGCGCGAUAAACUUUUGUUGCUUUUGCUCAACGGGACGAAACGAAAUUUGAGCCGUCAACAAUGGGGAGCAUCGAGACCCUUGUGCUCCUCCAGCUGGUCUACAUCAGCAGCUGCAUGGACCAGCUCCACAUCGUGUACGAGUGGAAGCAGCUCGACUUCCAGUUCCCCUCACCGGAGGCAAGGCAACUGGCUCUGGACGCGAAAGGCUUCAUUCCCGAGAACAACGUCCCCAUGGGCCUGGAGGUGUACGAAGAUCGAUUGUUUGUGACUGUCCCGAGGUGGAGGUCUGGCGUGCCCUCCAGUUUGAACUACAUUAAUUUGAAAGAUAACUCAACGAGAUCUCCGGUUCUUGUUCCUUACCCAAACUGGGCAGCUCAUUCCACCGGUCUCGAUGGUAAGCCACCGGAAAUUGUCUCGCCAUACCGCGUUAGGGCAGACCGAUGCGGUCGCCUCUGGGUUUUGGACAACGGUAAAAUAGCAACCUUAGAAAGCAAUACCACAAAAUAUCCUCCUUCGCUCAUAAUCUACGAUUUGAAAACCGAUAAUCUACUCAGGAAGUACGUGUUCCCCCAAGACCAGGUUAAAGAAGAUUCCGGUUUUGCCAAUAUCGCCGUAGAGGAUACGGACUGCGAUAAAACUUAUGCGUAUGCUGGCGAUUUGGGCAAACCGGCCAUAGUCGUCUAUUCAUGGGAGAAAAACGAUUCGUGGCGCAUAACCCAUCACUACUUUAACCCCGACCCGUUGGCCUGCGAUUUCAGCGUGAAAGGCCACAAUUUUAGCUGGACCGACGCGAUAUUCGGCCUAGGUCUCUCCGCUCCCAAUGCUGAUAACUUCAGCACCCUGUACUUCCACCCGAUGGCCAGUUACAACGAAUUUUCGGUUUCGACUGAGUACUUAAGGAACCAAACCGUCGCCGAUGAUAACUUUGAUGCCUUCAAACUGUUAGGGAGCCGGGGGCCAAACGCUCAAUCAAGUGUUUCGUUUGUGGAUAGAAAAACCGGUGUCCUAUUUUAUUCGUUAGUGAAUCUAAACGCUGUGGCCUGUUGGCGGACAUCGAACAACAAAUACCUGAUGAAGAAUCAAGGCAGAAUAUAUAUGAACGAGGAGACCAUGGUGUACCCUACCGAUAUAAAAGUCGAUUACGAGGAUAACUUAUGGAUCCUUUCGAAUCGAUUGCCGAUUUGGAUGUACGGAAAAUUGGAUCUUAACGAAGUGAACUUUAGGGUGUUUUCCGCUCCCGUCGUCCACGCUAUUAGUCAUACGGCCUGUGACAUCACUCCGAGGUCCGAUAUUUUGGAGAAAUUCGUGAAUAAAGCCAAGAACAUAACAAAAGAUAUCGUCGCCAAGGUUAAGCCGAAUUCUUCGACUACCACCAAACCUAUUACAGUUUUAUUAACAUUAAGUUGUCUCGUAAGGUUUUUGGCUACGUAAGUCGUUUCAAAAAUCAUUCUGUUCGAUGUUCGUAGGGGCUAAUGACGUCACUGAAUUUGACAGUAUGAAGCUAGUCGUCAAUGUAACACGACAGUGACGUUCGCACAGAUUCUUUAAAUCCAUCGACGUUCCCCGCUCUUUUCAUGUGAGAAUAAAAAUGCAAGGAAUCCUUUUUUUUUUAAAAACGAAUUUAUUUUUUUCAAUUACGUAGCAAUUAAUCGUUUCGCCAAUAAUUCUGUUAAGUGUCCCCGUAACUGCACAUGUUGCUGUCUCUCUCGCACGCCCGCGUUUUACGCACAAUGUGUACAUUUUAUUGUUAUUCGACCGCUAACCCCAUCAUCGAAAAGAUUAAUUCUGUUUUAGAUUUUGGGUAACUUAUUAUUUGGAAAGUCGGUCAGUUAUUACAUCAUUUAUCGAAACAACAUAAAAUAUAAACUUUUUUGUAUUUACGUGUGCUAUUUUGUUUAGUAAAGCUACAACUGGUGGUAGGACCUCUUGUGUGUCCGCGCAGGUAGGUACCACCACCCUGCCUAUUUCUGCCGUGAAG